AACUGUUAUUUUGUUUUUGUUUUUUUCCCUUAUUUUCAAUUGUUUAUUUAUUUUUUUUUUUUUUUAUAGGUAUUUACACUCCUUUUGAUACCUCAUACUUGUUGGGAGCGACUAAUACAUAUUGCCGCCGAUUUACCCGACCGGCAUUUUUUUUUUUUUUUUUUUGCCACCCCGCAGCUGUAGCCCGUCAUUUUUGUUUUUAUCGCUGUUUAUUCGGAUGAUCAUGCUUUUCAUCGAAACCGUAUAGCGUGACGCGCCGCAAAAGGGAACUAGCUGCAAAUUGUUGACUGAGACAACAAAAGCUCGGGGUAGCCAAGUGCACGCGCAUAAAUUCGUCAUCGCGAUAUAAUGGCUUACAGCUGGGACAAUCGUUGCAACUUUGUCGUCAAGUACCUUUACGACACGGACGGCAACGGUAUCCUCGAGCAGAACGACUUUGAGUGCAUGGCAUUGAAAAUGACGAUACUCGAGGGCAAGGGGGUCUUCAACAACAGCGCCCAUCAGGACAACGUGCACGUCAUGCUCGCCCUCUGGGACGAGAUAGCUCAGAUAGCCGAUUUCAACAAAGACGGCAUGGUGACAAACGAGGAGUUCAAAGACGCGGUGAAGAAGUGCUGCGUCGGCAAGUCGUACGGGGACUUUCCCCAAGCGAUGAAAUCGUUCAUCGACAAUCACUUUAGAAUCGUCGACAUGAACGGAGACGGAGUGAUCGGCAUCGAGGAGUACCGGUACAACUCCAUCACGAGGAUUCCGAUCGCCGACGUCGGGCUCAUCGACGAAGCUUACCACAAGCUGGUCAAUGACGACGAUAAGAGACGCGGUGGGUUGACGCUGUCGCGCUACCAGGAGCUCUACGCGGCGUACCUUGGCGAUCCGAACGAACAGAAUCCGGCGGUUUAUCUGUUUGGUCCCCUACCCGAUAGCUGUUGAUCAGCUAGACCAUAAUACAACACAAUACAUUGAUGAACGCGCACAACUUUUUUUUUCUUACUUUUUUUUUUUUUUCACACCACUCUAUACUCUAAGUCACAAAACGCACUGAACGUUAUAUGUAAUUUAUUUUAACUAUAUAGAUGAUUAUAGGUAGUUGCGAUGAUGAUUUUUCUGGAGUAUAUAAGCUGCCUAGAGCAAAAAAAGGCAUUCGGCUCAGUGGCAAAGACCGGAGUUUAGAUUACAAUCGAUUGUUGAGCGUAAUAUUACGGAAAAAUGAUGGAAAAGCAAAGUAUCACACAGUAUUUUUCCUUCUCCAAUUGAAAUAACUUAUUUACUCGCUUUAUUUGUAGAACCAUUAUAUAAAUUAGAGUUGAAAAAUCUCGAAACAAUAUCAAGUGAGAUUUUUAAUUUUACACAACACACACAGAGUGUUUAUAUUUUAUACAAAUUGUACAUUGUCAUGAUUUUUAAAUA